AACAAAAUGGGGUUUACACAUGCAGGCAGCUGAGUUUCUUUUCUCACCUCAGAAUGAAACAGUGUUGGUUUGUUCAGUCUCUUCAGUCUGUGUGAGGAUGAGGAUGAAGAUCUACAGCUGGCUGUUAGUCUUUAUCCUGGGCUGUAAUGUCAGCGCAGAGAAAAAGCAGAAAAUAAUCAGGCAGAAGGACUCCAUCACUCUGCCAUGUCCUCACCCUGUGGAGGGUAAAGUGACGUGGAGCAGAGAGACAAACGGAAACAGAGUUGACAUACAUACAGUUGAUGGAGAAAGAGACAUAAGACACAUUCAUGACCCACUGAAACGAUACAGUUCAUCAGCAGAUAAGUCACUUCACAUCAGCAGAGCUGUCGUCUCAGACGCUGGAACAUACUUCUGUAAUAAUGAAGCAGCUGUGGAGCUGACGGUGCUCCCAGGUCGUAAGGAACCAACAACAACAACAACAACUCCUCCACCUCUAACAAGACAAACCACAUCUGAACCUCUUCCAGCAGCAACAACUGCACCAUCCACACCUCUAGUAAACACAGACCGGCGACUACUUCAUGGUGUGUGGUUUGGAAUAGGUAUCGUCCUCCUCGUGCUCCUCCUCCUCCUCAUCGUCUUGUUCACUAGGAGAUACAGGUCCAAGAGACGAGGAAAUGAAGGAGGACACCAUGUCUAUGAUGAUAUACAGAUGAAUGGAUUAGUGUCUCAAACUACUAAUAAUGGCUCGAGCCAAAACAGCCCCAUGUAUGCCUACAUGAUCCACAACCGCCCACAGACGGGAAACAAUACAGAGACACCUCUAACUAAUGAGCCACUAUAUUCUUUGAUUUGGCAUCCCAAAGCCCGAUAUAGAUAAUAAAGGUAACUUUAAUCAUUAGCUGCAUUUAAAAUUGGGUGGGAGGCAUUUAAUGUGUUACCAUAAAAUAAAUUACAAUUUCCUAAUCCAGCAUAAGAAAGGAGAGUAAAUGUCACAUCUACAAAAACUACUUUUAAAAGUUUAAAUAACCGGAACAAAUAUGAAUUCUGAAUUCUGUUGAUUGUAAUUUCAACAGGUACAUCGCAGCUGGUGACUCCACAUAUGUUUAAUUGGGGAAACAACUAUGAACAAUAUUUACAUAGUUUCACCUGAAUAUUUAGUUUCUGUCAGGUAAAAGCAGAAUUCUGAGUCAUAUGUAGGAAAGUGAUGAAUAUGUUGUUUUGCAUCUUUUUGUAGUCUUUUUGUGUUUCGUUGUUUGACUUUGCGCCUGUGUUCAGUUGACUUGUUCAUUAAUCCAUCUAUGUUUAGAAGUGGAGGUUAAAGCUGUUUUUGAGGGGCCUUGAUGCCAUGAAAUGUAUAUAAACUCAUAAUACUUUAAUUAUAACAUACAGCUGUAGCAUCUACUGUAAAUAUUAGUUACAUUAUUUUGUCCAAACAACAGUAUUUGCUUAUUAAAGGUAAUUGUUACAAUUUUACUCGAUUUUCUGUGCUGUGGUUGAGACGUUGCGCAGGUUACUAUAUGCUGAGUCAGCUGUGAGGUUGCCUGUUGAAGAUUGGCUCUGCUGAAGCCGACCCCAACUACUUCCUGCCUGCUCGAUAAUGAUUGGCGCAGCCUGAGGCAACUCCCUCCAACCAGAAGAUGGCAAUUGACAUCAGCUGUUCUUGAAGGAGACGUACUAUACUGCAUUUCCAGUCCUACAUUGUAGUUCUGUGACUCCUGUAUGGCAGCCUUGCAUGAUUCAUAUCUUUCUUAUACUGGCUCUUCAUUUCAGCCUCUGUCUGAAACAAGCUGUAGAUGCUCCUAUGUUGAUUUUUAUUAGAUUUUACUGCUGAUUUCCAUUGAUCGGUUUGCCUCGCUGUGUAAAGUUUUGUCGGAGAUCUGUUUGCUUGGAAUAAUUAGUGUUAACUCUGCCUAAGGGAAAAGGGCCUAGGAUUAGCUUUACUAUUGAUUCAGCUGUGUCUGUGCAGUUGUUUAAUGUUAGUCACAACAGAUCAAUCUGUGUUUUGGUUUUGAAACCUUUUCAGUUGUUUGCUUUAAUAACUGUGUGCAGGUUAAUCACUCUCUCUCUGAGUAGAGAUUUCCUUUUCGUUACAUUGCUUUCAUUGAUUUAAGCAGCAUCCAACAGGCCCCUUUUCUGUUAUCCAUGGUGUUAAACUCUUGCGCUACAAUAAAUAACUUUUCUUUUACCAAAUCCAUCUGGUUAUAUGUUACUUUCCUUGCCCACAGGUCGGAACUGUAACAGUGGGAUGACUUAUAACUUUAGCAGACUGUUUGUGACUAGUAGAUACAAACAAUGUUUUGCUUCUGAUUACUUUUAGAACAAAACCUUAAUUAUUGACAAGAGUAAACUUUUUCCUACUUUUUAAAAUACAUUUAAAUAAAAAAUGCUCAGGACGAAGUAGAGAACAUUCCUUCUUGUGCCGUGUGUUGAACUGUUUUUCUCUUAAAUGUAUUUGCCAUGUUUUCUUUCAUUAAAAAAAC